AUGCAGUUCGCUCUUCUCUUGUCCUGGUGCUGCUGCCUGCAUGGAUGUGCGCUAGGGACUGGCUUCCUCUAUCAAUUCCCAGCAUCAACCCUGCAGCACAACUACCCAGAGCAGAGCUCGGGCUCGCCGGGCAGCGGCUUCGCCAGUCGCCGGCAUUGGUGUCACUAUACGGUUACACGGACUGUUUCCUGCCAAGUGCAGAAUGGAUCAGAAACGGUGAUCCAGCGAGUUUAUCAGAGCUGCCGGUGGCCAGGACCUUGUGCCAACUUAGUGAGUUACAGGACUCUCAUCAGGCCCACGUACAAAAUGUCCUACCGAACUGUGACCACGCUGGAGUGGAGGUGCUGUCCUGGCUUCACGGGGAGCAACUGUGAAGAGGAAUGCAUGAACUGCACGAGACUAGCAGAUAUGACCGAGAGGCUAAAUACACUUGAGGCCAAGAUCCUUCUGCUCGAGGCUGCGGAGCGAAGCCCGCCGUUGGAAAACAACCUGCCAAUCACUGGGACAACGGCCACGUGGUACGACGAUUUGCUACCAGAUGCCUUUCCCCUGCUAAAUCCCGGGACUGUCCUGAGGAAAACAGUGGGAUCUGUUGAGCCUAAAGGACACAGAGGUGCAGAGGAGCAGCUAAUACCACAGGGGCUGCCAGGACAGGUUGGUCCUCCAGGCCCAGUCGGACCAACUGGUCUUCCAGGACCACCAGGGCCAAAAGGAGAGAAGGGACAACCCGGUGAGAGGGGCCCAGCAGGGCCACCAGGGCUGUUAGGACCUCAAGGACCGAGAGGACUUCCAGGAGAAACUGGGAUCCCAGGUCCCCCAGGUCCUCCAGGGCCACCAGCCACCCCAAGCCUCCCUCUUACCUUCCAACAAGGGGUUCUCUACUCACUCCAGCCCACAGCUGAAAAAGAAAAUGGAGAACCCCAGCUGGCCUCCACCGUCAUAGACACCAUCAUGGCUGGCCUGCCAGGACCACGGGGAGCCCCGGGCCCCGUUGGGCCACCAGGGCCACCAGGCGCAUCAGGACCCAAAGGGCCACCAGGACCUAUCGGAGUCCCCGGAUCACAAGGCUUACCGGGCUCUCCAGGACAACCCGGGCCAAAAGGCUCCAAAGGAGACCGAGGAGAGAGAGGUGAACCAGGCAAGAAGGGUGAGGAAGGUGACAAAGGUGCUGAUGGGGAAGGUGUUCAACAACUUCGAGAAGCUCUGAAGAUUUUAGCUGAGAGGGUAUUAAUUCUUGAGCACAUGAUAGGAAUUCAUGACUCUUUAUCUUCCAUUGAGCCAGGCUCUGGACAAGAUGGGAUCCCGGGCUCCCCUCUGCGAACCAGCAUCAAGAUCAAACGUGGAGGACCCCAGCAGCCGCAGGCCUACCAGAUCCUCUCUUCGCUGCUGGAUGACAGUGAAGCCAAAAGGAGAAGCAAUCGGAUGAAGUAG